AUGGAAACAGAAGAAGAAAAACUGGAGCCGCCGAAGCGGGGUGUCUUCAUUGUCUUCGAGGGUCUCGACAGAUCAGGGAAAUCAACUCAGGCAAAAAUGCUUUUUGAAAAACUUUCGAGAGAUGGUGUCAAAGCCAAACUUAUUCGCUUCCCAGAGCGGAGCUCAGCUGUGGGGUCUUUAAUAGAUGCUGCGCUGCAGCAAGCAGCAGCUGUGGAGCCCCACGUGCUGCACUUGCUGUUUGCUGCUAACCGCUGGGAGCAGCAGCAGCAAAUUGAAAAGUGGCUUGCUGCUGGCUUUGCUGUUGUUGCAGACAGAUUUCUUGCUGCUGCUGCCGCUGCUGGCACUUGUGCUGCUGCUGUAGGCGUUGUCUACUCGACCACCGCAGCAAACCACCGCGCAGCAGCAGCAGCAGCAGCAGCGCCGGAGUCUGGGGGCCCCGUGGGGGCCCCUGUACCCAUUUCUGAGGCUUUUGCAAGAAGCACAGAAAAGGGUCUUUUGGCUCCAGAUCGAGUUUACUUUUUGGACAUUAAACCCGAAGAAGCAGCAAAAAGAGAAGGCUUUG